AUGUCCCGACCGAAGAAAGUUGCUAUAAUAGGAGCGGGGCCCUCGGGGUUAGUGGCCGCCAAAACCACCCUUCACAAUUACCCCAAGGGAACCUUUUCUCCCACUAUCUUCGAGAAGAGUCAUGAAAUAGGGGGUCUUUGGCCGAUUGAUCCCCACGACACCACCAAUGAAACAACAACCCCUCGACGACGCCCUCGCGAUGGGUUUGUGGACCCGUCGAUGCCGACGAAUCAGAGUCGAUUCACCGUGACCUUCUCUGAUCUGGCUUGGGAGUCAGUCAUUGAUGGCCCAGAUAUUCCUAUGUUUCCGCAGGCCUGGCAAGCGGGCAAGUACUUGCAGACAUAUGCGGAACGCUAUAUACCCAAGGAGACGCUGAGGCUGGGACAUAAGGUGGUUAGAUCGACGCGAGAGACGAGCGGAAGUUCGAGACCGUCGUGGACCAUACAAUGGAUCUUGGAAAGGGAUAAUGAGAUAAAAGAAAGCUCAACGGACCAGGGAGUGCAGUCAGAAACCUUUGACUACCUCAUUGUCGCUUCUGGCUACUUCUCAAUGCCGUAUACCCCAGAUCUCCCAGGAUUACCUAGUUUUGCCGAGAAGGUGUUUCACAGCUCCGCCAUUCACACCGAAGAGGAUAUACGCCUUAUGCUUGAAAAUAUUGGUGCUACUGCCUCCCAUUAUUGUGGUUACGAAGUCCAUCAUAUCUGUACACGGCCCUUCUGGACGAUACCCUAUUAUCUGCCAUACGCUGCUCCGCAAGACGACACCCAGGCAAAAUCGGUGCAGUUCCUACCCCUGGAUCUUGUCCUGCAUGACCUGGCCAGACGUCCCCCGGGACCAGUCCAGUAUAACUUUGGGCCUGUCUCGUCGCAGCAAGAGACCAAGGUUAAUGAAUACUUUUUUUCUUUGCUAGGUGGCCAACAUGCAGGCUAUGGGAAUGUCGGCGUUGACUCUCGCGAUGGUACAAAUAUUACACAACCUUCAUUGAUAGCCAUAAGCGACGACUACGCAGAGUACGUGCAAUCGGGCUCAGUACGUCCUACGAUCGGCCGUGUUUGUGCUGUAAACUGCACACAGUCCGGUCAGGCAAACGUUGACAUUAAGGGUCCAGGUGGUGAAAUGACCACUCUUGAAAACGUCACAGCUAUAAUCACAGCCACCGGGUUCACGCCAUUUGCCUCCCUCUCAUUUCUUCCAGAAGACGUACUUUCCAAACUCGAGUAUUCAGCCGAAGACUCUUACUUCCCUCUCAUUUUGGAUGAGAAAGGCACCUCCAAUGCAGAAGUCCCGGAUAUGGGAUUCGUGGGACUCUACCGAGGGCCCUACUGGGGAGUCAUGGAAAUGCAAGCGCGGAGAGUUGCAGAAUCUUGGUAUCGAGCUGAUUCGGGGCAAGGGAUCCAAUUCUCAACGGAGGAAUUGGAGAACAAGGCACAAGAAAGACAAAGUAUGCGUGACUACAAGAGUACGGAUCCAGACUCGCGGGGUCAGUUCCCAAUGGGAGAUUAUGUGGGGUUAAUGGAGACACUUGCUAGGGAUAUGGGAAUCCCUCGGACCCCACUUCCGGAGGCUGGCGAAAGACUUGGACCGGUUCUCCCUACUCGGUAUAUGGCUGAAGGACAAACGAAGCCUUCAAUGCUGGCCGAGUCGCAAUUUGCCUUGGCUUCUUUAAGAGACACGCUCGCCUACGACAGUGAUACCUCCAGAACUGGGUUAACCAGGGCUAUUUUCAGAGCGUUACACGGAACUUGGAAUUAUUCACGGGUCUCUUCGAGAUACAACAGCGAGGAAAUAGGCACGGCAAGGUUUUCCCCUAUAUAUCCUACAUAUCCGAAGUAUGAAAGGGAAUAUGCCUACGACGAGGCCAAGCGAGUCGAUGGAACGCUGAGGCCAUCGGUUCGAUCGAUCUAUCGGCUUGGCAAAACCGGCACCAAUAGCGGCAAGGUGCAAAUAUUCAUUCUCAAUUCGAAUGCGGAUGUAGAGCUGGAAGAAGCUCCUCAACCAUCGCACGAAUUGAGACUCGUGGGUUCUCCGCGCCUCGAAUAUGGAGCUUCAGGGCGCGAGGAAUAUGUUGUCCGCGCUAAAGGGGACAUUAGAUGGGAGACUGGCCACCCUGAUUACAGCUACGAAUAUGUGUUCCACGUUGAGGGCGUGGCAAUCUCAUCCUGGGAAUGCAAUGCGGAAUAUAGAACGACCAGGACUGACAGUUAUGGGGAUUCAGGUGGAGCAGUUGAGUGGAGGAGGACAGUAUACAGGCGAUAG